CCGUCGCACAGUCCCUACGAGGCAAGCGACCUUCGAGCGCAGGGCGGCGGCGGCUGCAACGAGGACUAGGCGGGCAGCGCGGAAGGCAGGAUUAGCGUCGUCCGCAGCCGCCGUUCGGUCUUGAGAGGAAAAGAGGCUGUGGCAGCGACGCCGACGUCCUGCGCGUACCCCCUCUCCGCGGCACCCAUCGGGCCCCCUCCUCCUCCUCCUCCUCCUCCUCCUCCUCGGCGGCAGCGGCGGCGGCGGCGGCCACCAUCUUCCUCUUGCUGCCAGUGGUAGCGCUCGUCUGGCGGAGCUGGGGCUGAAAGACACACAGAAGUCUUCAUGGAUAUAGUUGAUACAUUUAAUCAUUUAAUUCCUACUGAACACUUAGAUGAUGCCCUAUUUCUAGGAUCCAACCUGGAGAAUGAAGUCUGUGAGGAUUUUAGUACAAGUCAAAAUGUCUUAGAGGACUCGCUGAAGAACAUGCUCAGCGAUAAGGAUCCUAUGCUAGGAUCUGCAAGUAACCAGUUCUGUUUGCCUGUUUUGGAUAGCAAUGAUCCCAAUUUCCAGAUGCCUUGUUCAACAGUUGUUGGUCUUGACGAUAUUAUGGAUGAAGGAGUUGUUAAAGAAAGUGGCAAUGAUACCAUUGAUGAAGAAGAACUGAUUUUACCUAACAGGAAUUUGAGGGACAAAGUAGAAGAAAAUUCAGUGAGAUCGCCAAGAAAGUCACCUCGUUUAAUGGCACAAGAACAAGUAAGAAGCUUGCGACAAAGCACUAUUGCCAAGCGUUCAAGUACAGCACCUUUAACUAGCUCAAAAAAAGCAUCCGGGAAGACUGUGCUUGCCUCUAAAGCAGGGGUGAAACAAUCAGAAAGGUGUCAGAUUAAAGAGGAAGUUUGUACAUCGCUGAAACCUGAGUACCAUAAGGAAAACAGAAGGAGCAACCGAAAUAUUGGACAAGUUGAAGUAGUACCAGAAGUAUCAGUGUCUUCAAGUCAUUCUUCAGUGUCAUCUUGUCUUGAAAUGAAGGAUGAAGCUGGAUUAGAUUCUAAGCAUAAGUGCAAUAAUCAGGGAGAAACAAAUGUGCCAUCUCAUGAACUAAAUUGUCCACUACUUUCAGAGACCAGUGUGAAUAUUGAAGAACAGAAAAGUGAAGAUGUGUUGGAAAGUAAAGACAAGACUGUUAAUAGCACAUUGUUUAAGUUUUCUGAUAAAGAAGAACAUGACCACAAUGAUUCCAUUUCAGAUAACAUAGAUGACACUGUUGUUGAAGAAAUGAGGACAACAGGAGAAAUUGAACAAGAAUCAAAGGAGACAGUAAAAUUGUCUCAUGAAGAUCACCAAACUGUUGAGGAACCUACAUCUUCUGAAAUUUCUAGUGAUGUUACUUGUGCAAAUCCAAAUGAAACAGAAAAGAAUCUUGUAGCUUUGUCUAGUUCGGUGAAUGAAGUGACUGGAUAUAAUUUGGAGUUGCAUAAUACCUUGGAUGUUGCUGAUAAAUCUGCAGACUCACUAGAAAGAAAGAAAAUGGAACCAUUGGGUUAUUGUGAAGAUACAGAGUCCAAGCCAUUGCAGAACACUGACUUUAAUAAAUCAGAUUUAGAGAUGGUUGAUACUGGUGCUUUUGAAUCAGAAAGGAAUAUUUUAGAAAAUACCAUUUGUAAUACACCUGACCAGAAUUCAAAAGAGUUAAAUAUUACUGAAUGUGUAAGAGCAGAGUCCCAAGAAACAACAAAUAUUCAGGAUGAUAAAAACAGUCAAUCAGGUAGUAUUUCUUGCUUAGAGGCAAAAAACGUAAAAUCCAAACAUACAAAACCCGUAAUUCAUUCUAAGCAAAAUAUGACCUCAGAUACUCCUAAGAAAAUUGGUGCAGCAAAGCAUGAAGUCAUGCAUAACAAAACUAAAAUUAAUGUUAAAAGUGUGAAACGAAGUGCUGAUGAACUGGAAUUGCAGCCAAAUUUUCAUAGGCCAGUAAAAGUGAGGAAAAAAAUUGAAAAGGAUUCAAAGAUUCAGAGUUGUAAUUCUGGGAUUAAGUCUGUGAAAAACCAAGCUCAUUCUGUGUUGAAAAAAACAUCACAGGAUCAAAAUUUAGUACCAGUUUCUAAACCCUUAACUCAUUCUUUGAGUGAUAAGCUUCAUGGUCACCCUAGUUGCUCUAAAGAACCUAAUCAUCCUGCACAAACUGGACAUUUAUUACAUUCCAGCCAGAAACAGUGCCAUAAGCCUCAGCAGCAGCCCCCAGGGAUAAGAACCAAUAGUCAAGUAAAGGAAGAGCCUGAACAUCCAGGCAUUGAGCAUUGUAAGGAGGAGGAUAAACUGAAACUGAAAAGGCCUGAGAAGAACCUACAACCCCGCCAAAGAAGAAGCAGUAAAAGUUUUUCUUUGGAUGAACCUCCGUUGUUCAUUCCGGACAACAUAGCUACUGUAAAAAGAGAAGGCUCAGAACAUAGCUCCUCAUUUGAAAGCAAAUAUAUGUGGACUCCCAGCAAGCAGUGUGGGUUUUGCAAAAAACCGCAUGGCAACAGGUUUAUGGUUGGCUGUGGGAGAUGUGAUGACUGGUUUCAUGGUGAUUGUGUUGGGUUAAGUCUGACUCAAGCACAACAAAUGGGAGAGGAAGACAAAGAAUAUGUGUGUGUAAAAUGUUGUGCUGAAGAAGAUAAAAAGACUGAAAUACUAGAUCCAGAUGUCUUGGAAACCCAGACUACGGUUGAAGUCCAUAGUGAAGAUAGAACAAUGGAAUGUGAAAAACUUGGGUUAUCAAAGCACACAACAACAAAUGACAAAAGCAAAUGUAUAGAUGAUACAGUGAAGCACAAGGUCAAAAUUUUAAAACGGGAAUCUGGUGAAGGCAAAAAUUCAUCAGAUUGUCGAGAUAAUGAAAUAAAAAAGUGGCAGCUAACUCCCCUUCGAAAGAUGGGACAACCAGUUUUGCCUCGAAGAUCCUCAGAAGAAAAAAGUGAAAAAAUACCAAAAGAGUCUACCACUGUUAUAUGCACAGGAGAAAAAACUUCAAAACCAGGUACUCAUGAGAAGCAAGAGAUAAAGAAGAAGAAAGUGGAAAAAGGAGUGGCUAAUGUGCAUCCCCCCGCUGCUACUACUUCCAAGCCUUCUGCGGAUCAGAUCAGACAAAGUGUCAGACAUUCUCUCAAAGACAUUCUUAUGAAAAGACUUACAGACUCAAAUUUGAAGGUGCCAGAGGAAAAGGCAGCUAAAGUUGCUACAAAAAUUGAAAAAGAGCUUUUCUCUUUCUUUCGGGACACAGAUGCUAAAUAUAAGAACAAAUACAGAAGUUUGAUGUUCAAUCUGAAAGAUCCUAAAAACAAUAUAUUAUUUAAAAAAGUACUGAAAGGAGAGGUAACCCCUGAUCAUCUUAUAAGAAUGAAUCCAGAAGAAUUAGCUUCUAAAGAGUUAGCUGCUUGGCGACGAAGAGAAAACAGACAUACCAUAGAGAUGAUUGAAAAAGAGCAGAGAGAAGUAGAAAGACGACCAAUUACAAAAAUAACUCAUAAAGGAGAAAUAGAAAUUGAGAGUGAUGCUCCAAUGAAAGAACAGGAAGCAGCCAUGGAGAUUCAGGAACCUGCAGCCAACAAGGCAUUGGAGAAGCCAGAAGGAUCUGAAAAACACAAGGAGGAUAUUGACUCUAUGUCUAAAGAUACCACUAGUCAACACAGACAGCAUCUUUUUGAUCUUAACUGCAAAAUUUGCAUAGGUCGAAUGGCACCUCCUAUAGAUGAUCUUUCUCCAAAAAAAGUGAAAGUGGUUGUUGGAGUAGCUCGUAAACAUUCAGACAAUGAAGCAGAAAGUAUAGCAGAUGCAUUGUCUUCAACUUCAAAUAUUUUGGCAUCUGAAUUCUUUGAAGAGGAAAAACAGGAAUCUCCGAAGUCAACAUUCUCUCCUGCUCCACGUCCAGAGAUGCCUGGGACUGUUGAAGUUGAGUCCACCUUCUUGGCUCGAUUGAACUUCAUCUGGAAAGGUUUUAUCAACAUGCCUUCUGUGGCAAAAUUUGUUACCAAAGCCUACCCAGUGUCUGGCUCCCCUGAAUACUUGACAGAGGAUCUACCAGAUAGUAUUCAAGUAGGUGGCAGGAUAUCACCUCAAACAGUUUGGGAUUAUGUGGAAAAAAUAAAAGCAUCAGGAACAAAGGAAAUUUGUGUGGUUCGAUUCACACCAGUAACGGAAGAAGAUCAGAUUUCUUAUACUUUACUUUUUGCAUACUUCAGUAGCAGAAAGCGCUAUGGAGUAGCUGCCAACAAUAUGAAGCAGGUUAAAGACAUGUACCUUAUUCCUUUGGGUGCUACAGAUAAAAUUCCACACCCUCUUGUGCCUUUUGAUGGACCAGGGCUUGAACUGCAUAGACCUAAUCUAUUGUUGGGCUUAAUUAUUCGUCAGAAACUGAAGAGGCAGCAUAGCGCUAGUGCUAGUACUACUAGUCAUACAGCUGAGACUCCUGAAAGUGUCCCAGUAGCAUUGCCACCUGAUAAAAAAAGUAAAAUAGAAGUUUCUACUGAGGAAACACCAGAGGAGGAAAAUGACUUUUUUAAUUCUUUUACAACUAUAUUACACAAACAGAGAAAUAAGCCUCAACAGACUCUUCAGGAAGACCUUCCAGCAACAAUUGAACCUUUAAUGGAAGUUGCCAAGCAGGAGCCGCCAAAACCUUUAAGAUUCCUUCCUGGGGUUUUGAUUGGCUGGGAAAAUCAACCUUCUACUCUGGAAUUAGCAAAUAAACCUCUUCCUGUGGAUGAUAUACUUCAAAGCCUUUUGGGUACCACUGGUCAAGUGUACGAGCAGACUCAGUCAGGGGUAGAGCAAAACACUCUGAAGGAAAUUCCAUUUAUAAAUGAGCAAACUAAUCCAAAAGCAGAGAAAAUAGAUAAAAUAGAAGUAACUGAUAGUGAAGCCAAGGAAGUAAAAGUUAAAGGAGAUAAUGUUUCAGAACCCACAGGUAAUUCAGUAGUAAUAGGGGAAGAAACAUCGGUAGUAGGGUCCUCUUCCAUUUCUCCAGGGCCUUUGACAAGUCUUAGUCUUAGAGGUAAACCACCAGAUGUUUCCACAGAAGCAUUCUUAACAAAUUUAUCAAUUCAGUCUAAACAGGAGGAAACACUGGAGAGUAAAGAGAGAACAUUAAAAAGACAGCUGCCCCAAGAUCAAGAGAACACUUCACAAGAUAAUCGGACUUCAAAUACUAAUUCUCCAUGUAGAUCUAAUGUAGGGAAAGGAAACAUAGAUGGUAAUGUGAGUUGCAGUGAAAACCUUGCUGCUAAUGCAACAAGGUCCCCACAGUUUAUCAACCUGAAAAGGGAUCCUAGGCAAGCAGCAGGACGAAACCAGCAGGUAACUGCUUCAGAAAGCAAAGAUGGGGAUAGUUGCCGGAAUGGAGAAAAAAGCACCCUGCCUGCUCUGUCACACAACAAGGAGCAUUUAACAGAGCAAAACAAUGUAGAAGAAAAACUGUCUUCUGCAGAGAAAAAUGCAUGUGUUCAGCAGAGUGAUGACUCAAAGGUUGAACAAAACUCAACUUCUGCAGAAAACGUACACACUUCCCAAACUGAACAGACAAAACCCUUACAAGAGGAUAUUUUAAUGCAAAAUAUUGAAACUGUGCACCCAUUUCGAAGAGGACCAGCUGCAGCAACAUCUCAUUUUGAAGUUGGAAACACGGGUCCACCAGAAUUUCCUCCUAAAAGUAUCAACUUUGCUUCCAGAAGCACCAGCCCCAGAACAAGUGCAAACUUCUCACCCAUGAGACCACAGCAGCCCAACCUUCAGCAUCUCAAGUCUAGCCCCCCUGGAUUUCCAUUUCCGGGGCCUCCUAAUUUUCCCCCACAAAACAUGUUUGGAUUUCCACCACAUUUGCCGCCUCCGUUACUUCCCCCUCCAGGCUUUGGCUUUUCUCAAAAUCCCAUGGUUCCUUGGCCACCUGUUCAUCUCCCAGGCCAACCACAACGAAUGAUGGGUCCCCUUUCACAAGCAUCAAGGUAUAUGAGCCCACAAAAUUUUUACCAAGUUAAAGACAUUCGGAGACCAGAAAGGCGGCAUAGUGACCCUUGGGGUAGGCAAGACCAACAGCAAAUGGAUAGGCCAUUUAAUAGGGGCAAAGGGGACCGCCAGAGAUUCUACAGUGAUUCACACCACUUGAAAAGAGAGCGACAUGAAAAGGAAUGGGAGCAAGAGUCUGAAAGGCACAGACGCAGAGACAGAAGCCAAGACAAGGACAGAGACAGAAAAAGGGAGGAAGGGCACAAAGAUAAAGACAGGGCCCGGCUGUCACAUGGUGAUCGAGGGGCUGAUGGAAAAGCAAGCAGAGAUGUCAGGAAUGUAGACAAGAAACCAGAAAAACCUAAAAAUGAUGACCAUGACAAGGACAAAGAACGAGAGAAAAGUAAACAUAGUUCUGGAGAAAAGGACAGAGACAGAUAUUACAAAGAUAGGGACCACACAGACAGAGCUAAAAGCAAAAGGUAAAAUUUGCAGGCUGCUUCAGGAUUACAUUUAAAUAACUUAAAUGUUGUAUCUUAAAAACUAUAUGAGAUUGCCUGCCCGGAUUGUGCCAUCUUUUACAUUUUUACUAUUGGUGGUUUGCAGAACAAUAAAUCCUGUGUUGGUGCAGAGUGCUCUGUACCAGUGCUCAUCAUCCUUCAUACCAACUGUACCUAGUUAUAGGAAUUUAAUAUUUUUUAAAGUUUUACAUUGCUGUAUAUUCAAAGAUUUGUUUUAUUAAUAUGCAAUAAAGGCUUAGAAAUUUUAGUUUUAUUCCUUAAUUGGUAAAUAUGGUUAACUAUGGAAUAUAUUUACUGCCUCUAGUGAAUGUCCUUUAUAUAAUGACUAAUUUGAGAGUAAUGUGUGCUCUGUACUUUUGUUUGAAAUUGCACUGUUUUUAAAGAAACUGUAGAGGAGCAACAAAAAGCCAAGUGACUUCAUAAUCAGAUGAUACUAAUCACUAGUUGAACAGUUUUUGACCAAGAAUCAGAAGCCCAAGGAUUAUAUUUCUUGCUUUAUCUGCACUCAAGGAAGGCAUUUAUUACCAUAUACUACAGCUUUUGUGGUAGGCCAUUAUUUUCUUUUUCAUUUUUGGCUUUUCAGAAACUUGAAUACUUAAGCUUGUACAUGGUCUUGUGUUUUGCUAUCCUUUUUACUGUAAAAUGUAAAUAUUUUAAGGGAUAUUUUGAUUCUAAAUAUGAUAAAAGAAUUUCUCACCUAUUUUGUGUGUGUGGU